AUGGUAGUAUGGCAACCACCACCAGAGCAUCGCAGCAGCAGUCCUCAGUGUGCGAUGUUAAAGUCAACACUCAAUCUUGGAGCUACGCUAGCAGCGCCUUUUAAUGCCGCAGCAGCGUCGGUCAACAACUUGCAUGACGGCCUGCACCAAAGAACGACCGAGUAUAUGAACCAAGGGGCCGCUUUGUGUGAUAUUAUUUCCUCCAGACUGAACGCUAUCAUCACCUCGAUUGAUGGCGAGGUUUUCAGUGGCAACGAGAACGAGCUCGUUGUCAGUCAGACACCACCGCCUCCCUACGCUGGGCCCUUGGUCCUGUCAGCUGAUGCUCCAGGAAGUGCCAACACUAGAGCAUCUCCAUCACCUAAUGGUUCAAACCACUUCUCUAAGGUCUGGCUGUAUGCGAACUCUCGCAUGCCGCCGCAUUUACCGCCGCUCAAAGUCUACCUGCCAACAUGGCCGUUGCUGUGCCUCGCAGCUCAGUACUCUGAGCGAGUCUAUGCGCGACCUACGUCUGCUGAACACGAGUCCCAUAUCGAAGCCGACUGGCGAGCCGGCACAAAGGCUAUGGUGCUGAAGAGCGUACUCAACGAUGACACCAACACCAUCGUCUUUGCCAUUCGAGGCAGUCAAACUUUCAUGGACUGGGCAGUCAACUUCCGCCCCGCCCCAUCGUCCCCUGAAGGAUUCUUGGACGACCCUGGCAAUCUUUGCCAUGCCGGCUUUCUCCACGUCGCCCGGUCUAUGAUCCGUCCUGUCGCUGCCCGCCUUCGCCAUCUUAUUACGGAAAGUCCCGCAAGGGCCUGCAAAUGCUCGCUCCUGAUUACAGGUCACUCUGCAGGCGGUGCGGUGGCAGUGUUGCUUUUCGCCCAUAUGCUUUCCACCAGCGUCUCCUCGGAGCUCACAGAGCUGGUACCGUUCUUUAAGCGCGUCCACUGUGUCACCUUCGGUGCGCCUCCCGUCAGCCUCCUCCCUCUGCAGAAGCCAGAGCGGGACGACUGCAAGAAGAGCCUCUUCUUUGCCUUCGUCAACGAAGGCGAUCCGGUUCCAAGAGCUGAUCGAGCCGUUGUCGGUAAUCUCGUGAAGUUGUACACAAGUCCGUCACCGGCGAGUAUCUGUUCCAGUACCAUCAAUCUGGGCACAGCGCUUUUGCCGUUGAAGACAGGGAAAAGCAAGAAACCGGCCGCGAAGAAGCUGACGACAGGGGCAGAUUACUCCGGGCCACUACCAUCAUGGAAGGUGCCCCCCAGUACGCUGAGUAAUGCUGGCAGGCUAGUGCUGUUAAGGAAUACGGCUGGUGCUCCUGCUGGUCAGGAACACAUCGAGGCAUCAACGGUCACUGAUGCGCAGCUCCGCGAGGUGGUGUUCGGUGAUCCGAUUUGUCACAUGAUGAAGCUCUAUGCCCGGCGCAUAGAGAUUCUCGCGACAAGGGCAGUCACUGCUGGCGGCUUCGGUUGA